UGCGGUCAUGAUACCGACAAAAGGCCUUUAGCAUCGCAGAAAAAAAUAAUAAUAAGAAGAAGAAGCACAAGUGCUCACCUGGGACUCUAGAUUAUUGGAUAUGAAACAAGCAGAUGGAACAAUAUGAUGAUUUUUCUUUUUGCGUUAUAGGUUUCUGGUGUUGAAAUAAGAAGGGCCUCUGCUCAUCUGUCGGAAAAUAGCUGAGAGGGAUGCUAUUUAACUGCGUAAACAUAAUGGCUUUGGCUCAGCAUCAUCGACUCAUUUCGUGUAUGCUGCUGCUCUGUAUAGUGACUAGCAUUCAAACCCGGUCCUCUCAAAUAUCGGACUUGAAAUCUAAAAUAUCGGGGGUGGAGGAGCUCUUAGAGGAAUUCCGCAAGCAGCUCCAACAGGACCAGACGUAUACCAGGGAGGAGGAGGAGGUGGUUGACGUCUGCCUGGCUGAUUUCAACGCCGUAGAGGAGCACAUCAUCCGAGCCAGUGCCUCCAUUGAGCAGGGGGCCACCUUCCUCUCGGCUCCUGACCGGGUGUACAGUUGGAAAGACUGUCUCCAUGCCUGCUGCGCAGACCCUCACUGCACCGUGGCGGUGGUCCAGGAGGACCUGAGACAGUCGGACGACAGCCUCAGCUGCUAUUUGUUCAGCUGCACCUAUAGAAAUAAAAACGUAUGUUCAUUCGCAGCACAGGCAGGGUUUAGCACCUACAGUCGGUAUCACAAUACAACAGGACACCUCACCUCCUCCAGUGGCAAUGGAGAUGUGAACAAAUUGGUCAAUUUGAUUAGGAGACCUGAGGAAAAACCUAGAGUUGAUGAUGACACUCAAAUGCCAGGUGAGGUUCUGUCUGCUGUUAAUUAUAUUGAAUAUAAAUCACAGGUUUUCAAUAAGAUACAAUAUACAUGCAAGUGUAUUGCUUAUGAUAAAACAUUCAUAAUGCAUACCUAACUGGUUGCUGUUAAUUCUGUUCUCAUAACCCCUAGCAAUUAUCAGACUGGUGUUUGGCUUGGGUUAAUAAUUUGCUAUUGCCCCCUGCUUCUAAAAUUAGAUUUAAUCUGAGUGAGUGAAUCCAGGUGCGUUUGACAAGGUUAGCUCUGACUGGGUUGUUUUCAGACAUGGACGAGCCACCCCGCAGUGAUGCCGGCCAGGAUGUAGUCAUCCAGCUGCCCACUAACUGGGCGGUACUGGACGGCCGGGACAGUGUGGACGACCAUGGGGUCACCCGCUACGAAUGGGCCAUGGUGAAGGGUGACCCGGCCAUCAACAUGAAGGUAAACACUGAAACACAGAAGAGUGCACUGAAAACAAUGAAGCAGGUGUCAUUGGUUGAAAAUGUGGGGCAGGUAGACUAGCGGAUAAAGAGGCUAGCCAGCAGCCGGAGGGUGGUCAGGUAGAAUCCCGGGUCUAACGGAAAAAAUUGGUGGCAAGUGAGCUGGCAACUGGAGGGUUGCUGGUAUCAAAUCCUAGAUGCCAUUGUCUGCUGGUGUGCCCUUGAGCAAGGCACUUAACCCCCCAUAACAACAGCUCCACGGGCGCCCAGUGUGGCAACCCCCCACUCCAACCUGUAUACCGGUAUGUAUGUGUGUCCUGUCCGAAGAUGGAUGACGAGGAGGAGACCUGGCUGACGACUGUGGCACGUUUUGUGAGCAUGGAGAUGCCAAAAAUAGCCAGACUAGUAAAAUUGGGCUAACGAACAGAAGGUGGGUUUUGUAGAAAUGCCAUCAGUGCGUGUUCUGCAAACAGUACAGCGGAUGAAGGCGCGGCAUGAGCGUGGGGAACAGAUAGACGUGGUUAUGGACAGCGAGGAAGAAAGAGAAGCGCAGAGUGCAGAGGGAAGAUGUGUAUUGAGGAAGAAUGGUGUCAAGUACUACAAACCGUACUCUGCUGUCUCUGAUGGCUCAGUAAUUGAACCUGACGAAAUGAGGAUGAAUUAUCUGCUGUGGCAGUUGUGGUGAAGACCUCCGAGUAAGAGGCUCGUCCCGAUGGUCAUGCAAAGGAUGAUUCUGGCCCAGUGGGAGUGAGAUUUUGGGAGAAAGUUGAUCCCUGCCUUUUGGCUGACCCAUAUGUAGUCUCAGGCUGGGUAGAAAAUAAAUUAGCUACUGUUAAAUUGGUGAAGGUAGCUUGAAGUAUACUUUUUUCUGUGUUUCUUCCGUCCAGAGGGAGCGGGCACUUCGCGUCACACGCCUCAUGACAAGACCUGUGACUUGCUUUGCUCUCCGGAACAGGGCGCCUUUGAACGGAGUGAUUACUGGGGUGGCGUUGAGGUGGAGCAACUGAAAUGGAAGAUUCCCUGUGUCUGUGAUACCCGCCAUUUGGUGCGACGCAGACCCGGUGGCAAGCGUGGUGAAACUGAGAAGACACUGUCUGUCCUUUUGAGUUUUGAAGCAGAGUCUUUACGUGACAAAGUCAUAUUAGGAUAUGUCAGUUAUCCAGUGACAGCAUUUAUGCCAAACCCACUAAGGUAUUUCAGAUGCCAAGCUUAUGGUCAUGUUGCAGCAGUGUGUAGGAGGGAGAUUCCGAGAUGUGAGAAGUAUGCAAGAGGGAGGGCAUGGGACAAAGGAAUGUGUAGUAUCGGUGGAAAAAACUGUGUGUGCCAAUGUUGCUGGGGAUCAGAAGUGCCCGGUGCGAGAGAGACAGGUUGAGGUUGCCAGUGUCAGAGUAGAACAGAAGGUGUCGUAUGCUGAGGCAGUGAAGAGAGUAGAGGAUGAUGGUCAAGGGUGAGUAGUAGGCCUAGGCCAAAACAGAGUGGUAUGGCUUCUUAGCAUUCAUUGCCAUGGUUAUCAACUGUACCGCAGAAAUUGAACAUAAAUCACAGAGAAUAGAUGAUGUGGUGGCAGCUGCAAAGACUUUGGUGUAUGAGGUUUUACUGCAGAAGUUACAAGGUGUGUUGAACGAAAGAGUCCCGUCCUCCCAGGCCAUUGGCCUGGUGUAGGAUCAGUUAGGGUCAAAGUAGUGGAAUGGGGUGGUGUUUAUUUAUUUUUAUUUUUUAUUUUUUAUGAAAUAGUGGUAUAUAGGUGUAGGGUUAGUUGGUGCUGCAAUUUUAACCUUCCUUUUUAUUUUUGUAUCACAAAAUGUAACGGGAUCGACCACAGACUCCCACACAGUAGGUGGCGUCAUGCACAAACAAAUGUGCCAAAGCCAUGAUACCAAAGAAGAAAAAUAAGAAGUAUGUGGCCUUUGGAUGGUUUGGGAUAAAGUGGAAGUCACAUUUCGGUUGGUGUCAAGUCCUCCUCUUGUUCACCAUCCAAAGGACACAGGGACAACUCAAAUUUCCAACUCAAUCUUUUUUAUUUUUAGUUUGCUUUCAGUUGAUUGGUCUGUCCAGUAAAUUAGCCAGUACAUUAGGUUGUAAACCUUUAAAGACAGAACAAAAAGUUACCAUUUUAAUUAAACAUUUUAAUUAACUUAAAUUAGUUUAAACAUUUAAAUAAACAUUCUAAAUAACUUAAAUGAAUUAACCAUUUAAGCCUUUUACCAUUGGCGUCUUUGGACUGAACCUGUGAGUGAACUUGGAAUCUUCUUUCUGAAGUUUGUUCUUCUGAAUGACUGAGCCCCUCCAUGCCUUCACAGGUGCUCCAAAUCAGUGAAAAUGAUUGAUCAGGUGACAAGCAGCCGGUUUGCUGCUGCUGGUGCACUCUGGGAAGUGUAGUUCUUUGAUUCACUCCUGAGAUUCAGCUCAACAGUUGGACCUUGUGUACAAUUGACAAAUAAAGUGAUCUUCAUAUACUCCUGAGAGUUGUAAUCUUGAAUGUCAUAAUGUUGCACUGUAGUUAGCUCUGAUAUAGCAGGUCUGAAAAUCACGGCUGUCUCUUUGUUAUAAGGUGAGCCAUACAAUGCGGUAGUAUAGUCAACAUGGAUUUUUGCAUGGUGCAGCCAGAGAUCCAUAAUACCCUGCUGCACAGAUGUAGAUAAGAGGUUGUUAUAUCCGACCUGCCCCAGGGACAAGAGCCCUGUUGUGGGCUGAGAAGUGAUAUGAAAUAGUGAGUUUUUAGUUAGUGGAAAACUCGUAAUAAACGUGACUCUCUUAACAAACUUGGGACUGAUAAACGCUUUGUGUCAUUUAGAUUUUACUUUAGAAAUUGUGUUUUGGUCUUUGUUUGUAACUAGGACAUGGCGUCCUUGAAACCAGCCCAAUGUUUCCAGUAGGCUGUGUCUUUGCUUUCUGUCUAAAAUGUUAUCCCUUUACCUCUGUAGGUGACCCAGCCAGGGUUACUGAAAAUCAGUGGUCUACAGAAGGGCGCCUUUACCUUCCAGAUGACUGUCACCGACACCGCGGGACAGAAGAGCUCAGACAAUGUCACUGUGACAGUGCUGGCUCCAAAACACCAAGCUGAAGGUGACAAACACUUCAAUCUCCUCUCUGACUGAAAGUUAUUACUAGCCAGAUGUGACUCCUCAUGUUCAUCUAUCAUUCAUUAGUGGAUCUCGCCUCAUUUCUGCUAAUGUCAAUAGCAAUGUUGUGUUGUUGUGGUAAAAUUGAUUUGUGCUUCUCUGUGAUCCUGUUAACUGUACAAUUGCAAUACAGGCAGUGAACUUUGCACUGCAAUUGAAUCCAUGCCUCCAUGGAUUGAAUCCAUUGGAUAAUGAAAGAGAACCUGCUAUUUAGUGCUCAAACGAAUUGAGUAGUUCUCCCCUAGUCAAUUGGCUGGCGGCCUGAUACGGCCAUUCAUAUGGCAGGGAAUCAUUUUGAUCUAUUCACUGCAUUGAGGGGCCAUGGAUGAGAUAUGCAGAUAUGGAUGAGAUAAGGAACUCAGUCCGGCGUUCAACUUACUCUUGAAAGUUGUAAUAGUAGAAUGCACAAGGUGCAAUUUCGUAAUUGGGUAGUGCAUCAUCAGCUUUCCUCGUCAUGUCAGUCAUUGCAUACCUCAGAGAGCUAUUUAAACUUGUCAGAAUUGUCCAUAUCAACUAGCCCAUGACAGUUAAACAAUUUUAGCUAGGUUUUUUAGCCCAUUUUGUUGUAAUGUUUGAGUCACUGAAAUAUCACAUGGACAUACAUAAGACAUGACAAUAUGUGUACAAUUGCAGGAAAUGAGCUUUCAAACUGCAAAAAUGUAUCAACACCCAUGACAAAAUGUGUAAAAUUGCAGGAAAUCAGCUUUAAAACUGCUAAAUGUUCUAUCUGCCAACAAGAGGGGUGUAAACAGUUUGUGUAAUGAACAGUGCUUGUGCCCAUAGAAAUAGAUGUGGCGCGUGGGAUGUUCCCCAAUGCUGGAAGGGGGGCCUGAGUGAAAACGUUUGGGAACCGUUGAUCUAGAGUAAUGAACAGACGAAGAGGGUGGGGGUUGUUUCUGGAGCUGGAGUAUGAAGGUCACUGUCACAAGGCCUAUAUAAGAUGUGUCUAAACCUAUAAGGGAUGAAUAUCCUCAAAGACCGAUAUUACAGUAACAUAAUGGGUCCAAUGUACUAUUAUCCAUUUCUUCAGUCUUAUCCUGAAUUCCAACAAAUAUAAGAUGGGUGACCUAUUGAAUACACAGAACAGCACUUUAACAAAGCAUCCAUAGGAAGAAUGUUAAGUAUACCUGGGGACUGUCAUACCAUGACAGGAAGCAGCAUUGUCCGGACCGCUGGGACAAGGUUUUUGCCGGAGCUGUGAGUCACUCACAUUAGUCUGUCCUCCUCACACUGACAGCCACAGGGAGGCAGGAGCUCCUGGAAAUGGUUGGCUUUGCUGUAAAAACAAAGGUUAACCCUGGGAAUUGGCCUAUAUGGAGAGGGCUAAAUUGAAAUGUUUCUUACAGAAGAAAUAUGAAAAGCAUAUGCAUAACGAUGGUAGCAAUUGAAAGGGAACAGUUUGGUGAUAAUGGGAAAAUUAUUAGACCAAAGGUGAGAACACAACAGUUCACCUGACACAAGUGUGAAUUUUACAUUUACUGUACUUUUUGCCGCAUUUGUUGAUAGUGAAAUCUUCUGGAUACAUUCAGUAAAAUGCUAAGACUAUUCCUGGAGAAUGUGAGGUAGGUGCAACAUAAGACAAAGAAAUGACACGGGUUUGAGUAAGAGGACAAACUGGUGUCUCCAUGUGGACUCUCCACAGUGUGCACAGUUCCUAAGCAAUUUCAAUGCAUUUUAUGACUCAAAGAAGAGUUUUCAACUAUAAGGUACUUUUUUGAGCUCUCCUAGCUGUGCCGUUGAGGAACUAGAGCAAGCACACUUGUAGUUGUUUAGUUUGGAACACAACCCUGCAUCCCCGCCAUCACACAACUACUGUUGUUGUUUACGCAAUCCCCAAAAACAGUCCAUUAUAAAUUGCAAUCUGGGUCAGGUGGGCAUGAUUUGAAAGCUUGUUCUAUUACCAACAUGACUAGCUAAGUUAUAAAAUACGAUCUUACAGUGGUAGGCUUUUACAUGGCAAUUCAGAGAAACAGAUCGUCAUUUUGGUGUGCAUAGAAAGGAGUCAUGCGUGAAUUCAGGUGCGUGUGCUGCGGCGACUUUUCUUCACAAUAAACAAACAUACCCAGGGUAUGACGACAUGUCAUCUUGUAACUAUACAUCAAACAUAGUGAUCAUAAACGUUGACACUGUAUAGGACAUGCGUUUUAUGAUUUAGAGAUGUUAAGUACACAUUUGGACUGUCUGGCUUGCUUGUAUGACAUCAACGCGGUAUUUAUUAUAAUCCUCAACAUCUCAUCUUUCAAAAUACAAAGAGUAAUCUUCAUUUACAGCAUUUCCCUCACUCAGACAAAAAUAAAAAGUUGCCCUAUUACCGGGAGGGAUGGGGGCAACUUGUCACGAGUGGUGUUCAUGUUCAGAACAUCUGUCACUCAAAACCCAUACAGCAGCUGUCAGACAACCCACGUUACCGUACAGCCACUACGUUCCAAUUUAGGCGCUUAUUAGUGCCCAAAUCUGCCAUUUUCAACCCGUAUACAGGUACCAGUGUAAAGGGCUACAUGAAUCAAAUGUUGUUGUAAUAUAUUACAAUCAUAUUCUAAUAUAAUAAUAAUAUAGAGGGCUGUAGGUUUCCUGUGUGGACUUGCGUGUACUAGGUUGGAUUGUAGUUUGAGACUUGAUGAGUGUACUAGGAUGGAGAGUAGUUUGAGACUUUAGUGUAGUUUUAGACUUGAUAGUACCAAGAUGGAGUGUAGUUUGAGACUUGACUAUACUAGGAUGGAGUGUAGUUUUAGAAUUGAGUGUACUAGGAUGGAGUGUCGUUUUAGAAUUGAGUGUACUAGGAUGGAGUACAGUUUGAGACUUGAGUGUAGUUUUAGACUUGACUAUACUAGGAUCAAGUGUCGUUUUAGAAUUGAGUGUACUAGGAUGGAGUGUCGUUUUAGAAUUGAGUGUACUAGGAUGGAGUACAGUUUGAGACUUGAGUGUAGUUUUAGACUUGAGUGUACUAGGAUGGAGUGUAGUUUUAGACUUGAGUGUACUAGGAUGGAGUGUAGUUUUAGACUUGAGUGUACUAGGAUGGAGUGUAGUUUUAGACUUGAGUGUACUAGGAUGCAGUACAGGCUGGAAUAUCAGAGCAAGGAGGGCUGCCGUAAAUGAAUGAUGAGCAGGUGAAUGUGUGUUUGCACUGUGUCUGAGAGCCCAAGAUGACCCUACCCUCUCCUCUCUACAGUUGAUGGGAACAGGAAGUCAGUGACCAUCCCUGCAGGUCUACCCAGCCCACACAGGCCUGUGGCCCAGCCAGAGGAGACUGAGGACCACUCCAUGGCCCAGGGUGGGCCCAGCAAGACCAUGGAGGAGGCCAGACCACCUCCACCACAAGCCCCACAGACUCCACAGUCUGGUGACUGGAGCAAGCCAGUGCCCCGAGUCUUACCACAGCCAAGUCACAGUGAAGAGGAGAGCCCUGUCAGUCAAGGUACUGUCAUUGUGUAGCUAUUAUCUAGCUACAGUAUGUUACUACCUAGCUAGCUAAAAACCCAGUAGGCAAUUUAAUGCACAUCAAAACACCAUAUAAAUAGCUUUAAACAAAAACCUGUAAGGGUUAACAUCAACUACAGAAUAAAGGUUUUGAUCAGCUGUGAAGGAAUUCUAUCCAUUUGGCAUGGCUGCACAUCAUUCUAGUUGGCCAGAGUUUUGUCUGUGCUAGCGGUGAGCGGAAGACCUUUGUGUGUUAGUAAGUGCAGAGAGAGGCAGAUUCUGCCCCUGCAGGCAGCCAUUGAGCCUCCCCCACCACCAAACACACAGAGCUGAUCUGGAAACUUUGGAGCAAGGUAGAAUGCAGGCCACAGGGGCGAUAUGUGAGACAUGUAGGGCUGGGAUUGGAGUGAGCAGGCCUGGGAUAGGAGUGAGCCUGGCAGGGGGCCUUCAUCCCCAUGACCCCCCUGAGCGCUGGAGCAAAGCACUCCUCUGUCCUCUGAUCCCUGGGUUAGGCUAGCCUGAGACAGACGAGGCGGUUGACUUCCCAUGUUACCUUAUCGCAGACUUAUCAGAGACCACCUGACCAAAUCUCUCCCUCCCUCUCUCUGCUCUCUCUAUGUUCCACCAAACCAAAUCUCCCCCUCUCUCUGUUCUCUCUCUGUCCCAGCAGAGCUCUGUGCAGCGCCCCCUGCUGUGGGGCCAUGUAAAGGCAUCUUCCCACGCUGGUUCUAUGACCCUGUGGCUGAAGAGUGCAAGCACUUCAUCUACGGAGGCUGCAAGGGCAACCAUAACAACUUCCUGCAGCAGGCAGACUGCGUCAAUGAAUGUAUAAAAAAAACAGGUGGGAUUUUGCUAGUAGAGUACAUUUUUUCAGAAUUAUCUGGAUUCUGAUGUGCAUGCUCAUUACAUAUUGUAUGAGGUGUAUAUAAUGUAGGAAUACAAUUAUGCAAAUGAAUAAUGGAAACAAAAUGAUUCAGGUCCUGCUAUCAAGCAAACGACCAUGGCACCUCCCCACACCACCAAACACACAGAGACAGGUACAUUUAAUUAUCUUGUGAUGAUUACUCCUGAACAUGAUAAUGAAUGAGCUUAAUACAAUCUCUCACCUGUUUCAGUCUUAACCAGUACAUUUACAGCAGAGGCCCCUAAAGUGACCAUGAAGUGGCCAGAGACCAAACCACUACCAGAGAGUGACAUGUUCCCAAUAUCCAAACCACGUUUAGUAAUGGGAGGACACCCAGGGCCUGAGUCAGGUUUGUUCAGCAGCUGCUCAUCUGUUGUUCUUUACAAAUGCUGUUUUGAAUUAAAAUAAAAUUGUACCUACACCCUGAAGAAGGCUGUAAAAGCGAAACAUCUGUGUACUUUAUCCCUGAUGCAGUGAAAAUAAUUAAAAACAUAGAAUAAUGAAGUGGGAACCCAUUACACCCCUUUGUUUGUCUGAAUUCACGGGUUUUACGCUCCAGCCAAGCUUCUGGGAGAGCGCCAUGGUUCUCUUUUGAUCUGUUCAACAUCCUUACCAACUUAUUAUAACUCUGUAAUAUUAUGUUAUACAUGCAGAAAUACAGAUAGUAUAUGAUAGUGCCUGUGACUUGCCUUUCUCUGUCUUCUCCCCUGCAGGUGCGAUCCUGCCAUUAGCUCUGGGCCUGAUCAUCACAGCUUUGCUGCUGCUCAUGAUUGGCUGUCGCCUGCGGUUGGUCCGCCACAAGCUGAAGAAGGCCCGCCCCCUCACCACCGAGGAGUCUGAUUACCUCAUCAACGGCAUGUACCUGUAG